AUGUCUGACAAUGUUGGUCCAAGAGAAUUGUCAAAUGCAUUCAAAUAUCUUCUUGCCUAUCAAUUAGAUUCAAUCGCUCAAGACGGAGUAAUGCCAUCUGCUCAUGGAGCUCUUCACAAAUUAUUGUGCUCGUGUUAUUCAAAAAACACCGAAGUGGUUGAUAUCUAUGAUAUGCCGGAAAAUAAUAAUGCGCAGGAAAAAGAAGAUCAUUACACAAAAAGAGCAAUAGAUAUCGGAGAAACAAAAAAAAGAUUGGAACUUCUUCCACCACCUCCAACAUCUUCAUCGCCCCGGCCAACAUCUUCUAAUUCAAUUAUUCAAAAAAGUGAUGGAAAACGAAAAGAUCAGAAGAAUGAGAAACAAGCAUCUCCGAUCAUCGUGGAAGUUUACGAUGACACACCUCAAUCAAAGAUGAUGUUGUCCACUAUGAAUAAUCCAUAUCGAGGCGGUGGUAACAAUAAUUCAAAUAAUAAUAAUUCAAAUCAUGGAAUGGUUAUUGAAGAUGUUACUGAUGAUCCAGAGUACUCGUCGUAUGGAAAUGAAAACGAAAAGCCGGAAAAUGAGGAAGAAGGAGCAUUUGUUGAGUAUGAGAAACUUGAUAAAACUGAAGAUCCAGCUGCAUUCAAGGUUUGCCAAGCAACAACUGCCGUAAACAGAACUUACAACAACAUUCGUCCAUCUUACAGAAUGCCAAUCGGCGGAGGCAGUGGCUCAUCGAGUGGCUCAAUCUCUCGUGAAAUUCGAAUUGAGUCGAUGAACUUAACGGAUGUUGAAGAUGGAGCAAGGUGUCGGGAUAAGGAAUGUCAUCUUGGAUGGAAACAACAUCCAUGGAGAAAAGUCUGUGUGCACUGCAAAAGCGAUCGAUCAGAUCACGAACUUCCACCCAAUCAAGCACUCAACGUAUACAAUCGACUUGGAAUUCAGCCACCAGCCGGAAUGCCCCAAUCCGGAGUUGCGGAGCCAGAAGUUCCUGGCUCGGUUGGACACGGGUACGCAUGGGUUCCACCAGGUCUCUCACGAAAGAAGGUAGAAGAGUACAUGUCACAGUUGCCGAACAACGUGGUGCCACGUACAAAUUCAAAUGGAGAGAAACUUCGCGAAAAGCAGCUACUGCUUCAAUUGCCACGUCAAGAUCUUUCAGUGGCUUACUGUAGACAUCUGACGUCACAAACCGAACGGAAAGUCUAUGAAGAAUUUGUGAAUGCAAGAAAUGAAAUUGCAUUAGAUAUUGGUUAUGUCUCUUCAAAUAUUAAUAAAGCUAUGGAAUGUCAUAAAUGCUCGGGUAUACUUGAAACAAACGAAAUGGCAGUUAUUGCACCAAAACUUGGAGAUUCAACUGGAUGGCAUCCGGCUUGUUUUACAUGUCAAGCUUGUGAACAGUUACUUGUCGAUCUGACAUAUUGUGUCAAAGACAAUCAAAUCUACUGUGAGCGACACUACGCGGAGCUCCAUAAGCCACGAUGUUCGGCCUGUGAUGAGUUAAUCUUCGCUGGAGAAUACACAAAAGCCAUGAAUAAAGAUUGGCACAGUGAUCAUUUUUGCUGUUGGCAAUGUGAUCAAACGUUGACAGGGCAGAGGUAUAUUAUGAGAGAUGAGCAACCAUAUUGUAUCAAAUGUUAUGAAGAUGUGUUCGCAAACCAAUGUGAUGAAUGUGCAAAACCAAUUGGUAUUGAUUCGAAGGACCUAUCGUACAAAGACAAGCAUUGGCACGAGCACUGCUUUUUGUGUAGUAUGUGCAAAAUAUCUCUCGUCGACAUGCCAUUUGGAAGUAAAAAUGAUCGAAUUUUCUGCUCGAAUUGUUACGACCAAGCAUUUGCGACAAGAUGUGACGGAUGCAAUGAGAUUUUCCGAGCAGGAAUGAAAAAGAUGGAAUACAAAGGCAAACAAUGGCAUGAUAAAUGUUUCUGUUGUGCUCAUUGUAAAUUGGCAAUUGGAACAAAAUCGUUCAUACCGAAAAAUGAUGAUGUAUUCUGUGGCCCGUGUUACGAAGAAAAGUUUGCAACAAGAUGCUCCAAAUGCAAAAAAGUGAUAACUGCUGGAGGUGUCACAUAUAAGAAUGAACCAUGGCAUCGUGAAUGUUUCUGUUGUACAAAUUGUAAUUCAUCAUUAGCUGGACAACGAUUUACAAGCAAAGAUGAGAAACCAUAUUGUGCAAAUUGUUAUGGAGAUCUGUUUGCGAAACGAUGCAAUGCAUGCACAAAACCAAUUACAGGAAUCGGUGGCGCCAAAUUCAUUUCAUUCGAGGAUCGACAUUGGCAUAAUGAUUGUUUCAUUUGUGCACAAUGUACAACAUCUCUUGUAGGGAAAGGAUUUAUUACCGAUGGACAUGAGAUAUUGUGUCCCGAGUGUGCGAAGGCACGUCUAAUGGCAGCAAAUUCAUAAAAUCUUCAAAUAGGUCUUUCCACUACAGUAACCAUCAAUAUCUACAGUAAUCCAGUGGUCCCACCACGAAAUUCUUUGCUUCACUUUCAUUCAUUCAUGUGUUGUCGGUGGUAACCGUAUCCCUGUGUUACCCCCAUUUAUCUCCAAACAAAACACGCAAAAACCAGCUAAACUUCUCAAACAUUUAUUGAUUUUUUAAACAAUUGAAAAAGGGUAAUUUCGUCCCGCAACCAGUCUCUAGUCUAGUCUCCCCCACAUUCAUCCGUCGUCGCUUCUGUUCUGAACAUCAACUAGGAACACAUUUUCUCUCUUUCAAAAAGCAUGUCCAUUUAAGUUUUUUAAUUUUGUUUUUCACAUCGAAUUUGAACCUAGUACCCAGUACUGUUAAUUAGAAUACUCUUGAUAAAAACCAUGAAGCUCAAAGAAAUUGUUGAAAAUACUUGAAGAUUAUUUUUUAGUAAUUUGAAGUAUUUUCUCUAUUUCUGUGUUUCUACAUUAGAUGUAUAUAGUCCCACCUUUUAUUGCAUAAACUUUUUUCGGUUGUUUCCAUUAAACUCGCAUUUUUCUGCCUUUUGCUUUCGUGUCUUCAUUUUAUUAUUUUUAAUUUUCCUUAUUUUUGCGACGAGACCAAUGCUCCUCCCCCAAUUCAUUUCCCUUCUAUUUCUGCUACUUGUCACCCAUCUCUAAUUCCAAUCAUUCUUUUAAUUUCUUCUCUUUUUUAUGUUUUUUUCUUAAUUUCUUUACUUUAUAUAUUUUGAUGACAGUUCUUUCAAAAAAGUGUUUGAAAUGAAACGAAAAACU